AGUGGGAGGGCUUCCGACCUCAGCAGGGCGGCUUCCGGAAGGCGGAGCUCCAACCCCAUUUCCUUUCUCUGGGCUGGUUCUGGCCCAGCUGCACCUGCGUGUGGCCCUGGCACCCCGGCUCCCUGCAGCUCGGUGGCAGCAGUAUGGGCGGCGCGCGGGACGUGGGCUGGGUGGCGGCCGGGCUAGUCCUGGGCGCUGGCGCCUGCUACUGUAUCUACCGGCUGACUCGGGGACCGCGGCGAGGCGGGCGCCGACUGCGCCCUUCGCGGUCCGCAGAAGACCUAACGGAGGGCUCCUACGAUGCUAUCUUAAAUGCGGAGCAGCUUGAGAAACUUCUGUACCUGCUGGAGUCAACUGACGACCCCAUAAUUACUGAGAAAGCCCUGGUCACCUUGGGAAAUAAUGCAGCCUUUUCCACUAACCAAGCCAUCAUUCGUGAGUUGGGUGGUAUACCAAUUGUCGGAAGCAAAAUCAACUCCCUGAACCAAAGUAUUAAAGAGAAAGCUUUAAAUGCAUUAAAUAACCUGAGUGUGAACGUUGAAAAUCAAACUAAGAUAAAGAUAUACGUCCGUCAAGUCUGUGAGGACGUCUUUGCUGAUCCCCUGAACUCUGCGGUGCAGCUGGCUGCACUGAGGCUGCUGACAAACAUGACGGUCACCAAUGACUACCAGCACCUGCUCAGCAACUACAUCACCGGCCUGCUCCACCUGCUCCUUAUCGGAAACGGAAGCACCAAGGUUCAGGUUUUGAAGCUGCUUUUGAAUUUGUCUGAGAAUCCAGCCAUGACAGAAGGACUACUGAGUGCUCAAGUGGAUUCUUCAUUCCUUUCCCUUUACGACGGCCAAAUGGCAAACGAGAUUCUUCUUCGGGCUCUCACGCUGUUUCAGAAUAUAAACAACUGCCUCAGAGUGGAAGGCCGGUUAGCUAAUCAGCUUCCUUUUGCUAAAGGGUCAUUGUUUUCCCUGUUGUAUGGAGAAGAGUGUGCCCAGAAAAUGAAGGCAUUAGCUUGUCACCCUGAUGUGGAUGUGAAAGAGAAGGCUUUAGCAAUAAAGCCAAAAUUCUGAUGGGUUGCUCCUGUUUUUAUCAAAGAGUCAAGAGAGUGAUGUGGAAUUAAGUCAGCACACGGGAACUUAGACCUUCCUUUAAAAGGCUUCUUUCAGCUGAUGGGAGUUAAACCAUAAAAGUGGGUGUGAGCAGCUCUAAUCCAACAUGAUGUUCAAACUGUUAGGUUUGGAGUGGUUCGGAUUUGGGGUUUGGGGAUUGAAUAGUCUGGAACCUUCAGAGGACGUGAAUCACUUCUGGGGCAAGCGUCGAGUUAUGAUGGUGGAUGGAUUGCCACGCUCUAAGGGAUUACUUUGAAGGCUUCUACUGCUAUUCAAUGAAGACGAGGGGCUGUACUGAAGAGACUCACUGAGGUAUUUAAUCGUAUUCCUGACAUGAAGUGAGUGGCCUUCCUCCACAGUCCUAACUCCUGGGAGUGAUUUGCGGUUGCUCAGUGUAAGGUGCUGAUUGAAGACAGAAGUGCCACAGCCAGGGCUGUGUGCCUCAAAGCAGUGAGUCCGGCAAGCUCGAGGCCACCGCCACCCCCACCGCUCUGCCUGCAAGUCCGCGUUCACCGUAGACUCUGCCGGCAUUGUUUCUGAUCAGUGACACUGAACUCCCUCCACCGGUGCACAGAGCGUUUCUAGAAUGAUCCGUAUGUAAAACUCCUGGGCGCGGGACUGGGACCUGGGUGCGUGGAUUCCUUUGUGUGCCUAUUUCUACCGUUUGGAUUUUUACUGAGCAUAAACUGUAUAAUUUUUUUAAUAAAAAGGAAAAUGGCAAGGUGGACAUAAUCUCUUCCCCUCAUGGAUGUGAUUUUACCAAAUUUCAUCACAUUUUACUUGACUAAUACAUGAAAUGUGUUGACUUUU